CUUAUUUAUUUAUUUAUUUAAUUAAAUUAUGACAAGAGAAAGAAAAAAGAAAAAUUUCCACAUCAACUGUCCCUAAGCUCUCUUCAGUCUUCUGGGUUUUCUCCAUUUUCACCUGUUUGAGAUUUGAACUGCUAAGACAGAACUCAAACGAGCAAUGCAAAUCUGAAUAAAAGCAGUUCAUAACAUGCAGACCUAUCUCUUCUUGGCUCCCACUUCCAUUGAUAAAGGUGGUAGCUCAAACCAGAACUUAUCUUUUGGACCAUGGGCGUGGCCUAGCAAGCGCGUAGGUAUUUUUCAGCAUCGUGCCCGGAUUUCAGCAUCUGCUAUCGGUGGUGGCCUGCAGAACCACUAUACCGUGCUUGGUGUGCCACACAGUGCUUCUCCUGCUGAUAUAAAAAAGGCAUAUCGUCUUCUUGCUCUCAAGUAUCAUCCUGAUGUUAGCAAGGAUUCAGGAGCUGAAGAGGUUUUCAAGAAAAUCCAUCUUGCAUAUGAUGUAUUAUCCAAUGAAUCAUCAAGAAAUCAGUACGAUCAGGCUCUUCGACAUCAGGAUAAUAGUGACAGGCCUUUAGGGGGAGAUUGGGAAUACGAAUAUGAAUAUGACGAUGUCAUAAGAACCUAUAGGUGGGCUGAUCUGAGACGAAAAAUGCGAAGAGAGAGAUAUUGGGAAAGGUAUCAAUAUCAUACAAGGGAAAACUUCUCCUCGUAUUAUGAUAAAGAUGAGGAGUCCGAGGAAGAAACUCCGGAUGAAGAAAGAGGUCCAUUUACGGAAGUGCUCAGAUCUGCAUUUCUCUCUUUAUUAUUAAUGUACACUAUAGGUAUUCGUUUGUCUUUGACAUUUAGUAGCCUCAUGGCCUUGCUUGAUCGAAAGUUGGACGCUGGAUACAAGAUUGGUUAUCUACUUGCAUGGAUCUUGGGAGGCAGAGGUGGUAUUUUACUUACAUUAUGCCUUUCGUUCGCUAGUUGGCUCUGUGGCAAAACCAGCAGUAGCGUAGUUGUAUUGGUGGUAGUAGCCAUGUGGGUCGGAUCUAAUGUUGCUAGGUAUGCUCCACUCCCACAAGGCGCCAUUCUUACUCUGUUAUACAUGUCAAUCAAACUACAAGUUGAUCUUAGCUAAAGUUUCUGCAACAAAGACGCCGCAUUCUGGAUAUGCCAAUCUUUCUGUCUGUAAAUAUGCCUCAGUUAUGUUUCUUAUAGUGUAGUCAAUAGUAGUGGCUGAAACAGCCCUAGUAUGAGUUGGUUCUUGAAUGUAAAUGCAUAAUGACAAAAUUUAGUCAUCUUUAUCCAGCAGAACUGAAAGUUACUGUAGCUA